GAGGCAAAUCUUACAGCUGCUGAGACCUGCACACAGUAAUAUCUCUGGCUUCCCUGCACCGCCGCCAUCGCCACGUGUUAUUUCUUUUUUUUUCUAUUCUUUUAAAAAUUUUAGAUUUGGGGUCACAUCCGGCUGUGCUUAGGCGCUUACUCCUGGUGGGUGGGAAGAGGUGGCGGGCGACAGGGUUUGGGAUGGUUAAAGCCACUAUAUGGGGUGCCGGGGAUCGAACCCGGGCUGACCGCAUGCAGGCUAAAUGCCUUACACGCUGUACGAUCCGAUCCCCAAACAUGUUAUUUCAAUAAGUGAAGAUGUGUUCUGUCCACGGCCCUCCUCUCUCCGCCAUGUAGCAUUCGACUAAUCCUAGCAGUAUGCGUUUCGGCGGGGAGGCGUAGGGAGUGGGGGAGGUGGCCUCCCGCGCACUCGCACCCUUAAAACCUGCGGGUUUAGUACUGCCCCCGCUCUCCCUGAGUCGCCACGCUCGGGUCUCCAGCCGCGUUCCUGCAGCUUGAAUGGUUUUUUGGCCUCUCGCGGCCCUCGUAAGGUUGUAGCGUCCCUAGUUACGGCGCCCCUAGUUACCGUCUGCCCCAAGUUGGGAGCGGCCGGGGACCCUGGGGCCGCGCCCGCUUCCCAACACCGGGCCGGCGCUGGCGCUCAGGCCUCGGCGGCGCGGUGAUGGCUGCCUCACACGCAGAGGAGAGGCUGGCGGCCUGCAGCUUCCAAGAACUCAGCACCCGAGCCCAGUACGGACGCGAAGACCUCGUGAAUGCCCUGGAGACUGUGGCAGAUGUCGUGGAGGAGGAUGUGGAAGAAGAGAACGAUAAAGCAUCGCGGCUGGCGCAGGCGCCGGUUGAUUGUAACACCAACACUUAUAGCUUGGGUGAAAUCCCUGAGGAUUUUGUAAACUUUGCUGAUAUUUACCACUCAAAUGAGGAGUAUUUCAGAAAACUAGAAGAACUGAAGACUGCCCACAUAGAAACUAUGGCAAAGUUAGAGAGAAUGGACCAGAAUAAAUUAAAAUUAAAGGAGUUUCAGCCAUUAAUCAUCCAGGAAAACAUCUGUAGUGCCUCUUCUGGGUCUUUAUCAGAAAAUAACUAUCAGCCUGUCUCAUUAGUGACAUCACUUUCAGAGCUUGAUAUAUGUCGGUCUCCCUCCAUGGUUAUAUCUUCCUCUGAAGAUGAGUUGCCUGAUUUCCAAACAGAAUAUCCCCAGAAAAAGGUAGAGAUAAACUAUGCUAAGGAGCUCAUCAACAACAUGUGGAGGAACUUUUCUGUUGAAGAUUAUAUUCACUCUAAAAGUGCUGACUUCCCAACAUCUGAAAAAAUCAAGAAGAAACCAAAAGCAUGGGUGUCAAAGAUUACAGUACCUGAACCUUUUCAGAUGACAAUUAGGGAAGAGAAGAAAAAAGAACAGAGCAUGAAAUUUAAAUCAGAACUUGAAGCAUUACACAAAAUAAUUACACAAAAUCAAGAAGAAGAUUUAGAGUGUAAGAGGAAAUUCCGAGCCAACCCAGUUCCUUCAUUCAUCUUUUCCCCUCCUUAUCAUGAUAUAGUCAAGCAAAAUGAAGAACGGAGAAGGUAUAUGAAGGAGAAAAACAAAGAAGCUCUUUUGGCCUCACUAAAGCCAUUUAAGUUUGUUGUAAGGGAAGAACAGAAGCAAGCAAUCAGGGAAAAGCAGCUGAGAGACUUUUUGAAGUGUAAAAAAAAGACAAAUCAAUUUAAGGCAAAACCUGUACCUCGAUCUACUUAUGGUUCAUCUGCCAAUGACUUGUUCAAAGAAGAGUAUCAGCAAAACCCAAAGCUGGGAAACCUUGAUAAUGUACAGUAUUCAUUCCCUGUAGCUAGUAAGCUAGUUCUUGGCAGCUUGACUACCAUGAAAUCCAGAAACACUGCAAAGGUUGGAAAGUUGAAUAAGCACAAGAUUAAAUACCAGAAUGCUGAUUUUGAAGACCCUCCUGAGAGAGAUCAGAAAUACCUCUCAGAUCAGAAGUAUUAUACUCACCUAAAGUACUGCCAAUCAUAUCCUUUUGCACCACUUCUCACAGUCUCUAAAAGAGAAAACAAAUUGACACACGUUGAAGCAGAUGAACAAAAUCUAAAAGAUGUAUGUGAGCUUUCUCAGUCUCAAAGACACAGGUCAGGAGCCAAAAGUGCAAAUGCAAAAUUGGUACCUAGUAACUGCAACCCUCCAAUUUCCACAAUCUCUUCCAGAGGAAAAGAACAAGCCACAAGGAGAUCACUUGAGGAAAAGAAAAUGUUGGAAGAAGACAGAAAUCGGAUCCUAACUAAGCAGAAGCAAAGAAUGAAAGAACUGCAGAAACUUCUGAUAAACCGGGCUAAGGCUUAUGACUCUCAUCAAAGUUUAGCUCAAGUGUCUAAAUCCAAAGUAAAAUCUCUAAGAAAGAGUGGAAAGGAGAGGAUGAGAGAAUACCAGAGAGAACUAGAAGAAAGAGAAGAAAGAUUAAAAAACAGGCCUCUACUAUUUGAAAGAGUUUCUCAGAAAAAUGCAAGAAUGGCAGCAGAAAAGCAUUAUUCUAACACCCUAAAAGCAGUAGGAAUAUCCGAUGAAUUUGUUUCAAAGAAGGGUCAAAGUGGAAGAGUACUUGAGUACUUCAACAAUCAAGAGAUGAAGAAUUAUAUGGAAGAUAAAGAAAGCUUUAAUGAAGAAGAAAAAAUAGAAGAAAGAGAUAAUGGGGACAUGAGUUAUUUGAUUGAUACCAACAGCCAGGAUUCUUGUGAGGAAAAAGAUGAAGUCCAUGAAGAAAGUGGAGAAGAGAAAUCCGUUGAAGAAUGAAAUGGAAUCAGCAGGGGUUUCUUCUCUGUGCUCAGACUGUUAAUCCCGUGGUUGUCGACCGCGGCUCCUAUGUAUUAUGAAUAUGGAUGGGAGCGUUCUUGUAUGAGCAGGACUGCAUUUAGCUGGUUGGUCAGUUAGAGGAAGGCCUUGCCUGCUUGGUUUGUAACAUUGCGUAAGGUCUGUUUGCAGGUAGGGGAUUCGUGUGUGUGUGUGUGUGUGUGUGUGUGUGUGUGUGUGUGAGCACAUGUUCAUGUGGUAGUGGUAAAAAUUUAGUGGAAGUGGUAGGAAUCACUCAGGGAUUCGGAACCAUUUCUGGGGGUGCUUGUGCCUAUUGUGCUUGAUAACCACCAAGGCUACACCUAGUGGUACCCAAUAAUCUGGAGGCCACAUAGUUCUGGGCUUAAACCCAAAGCCUCUCAAUGCAAGAUGAGGUGCUCCCUCAGUUGCACCUCAUCCCCAGCCCCUGUUUGUCAUCUUUUCCUUUUUUGUUGAUGUUGGGACCAAACCCAGGGCCUUACACAUGCAAGGCAAGUGCUCAGCUGAUGAACUCUACCCACAGCCUUCCCUGUUUGUAACUUUGAUCUUGUAUUUUAAAAGAAGAUUUUGAGAAGCACAGCUAUCACAAAACAAUCAUGUUGUUAAAAUGUAUUUUAUAUUUUCUGUGGGAAAAAAAUGAUAGCUUCAAAAGCAUUUGUCUUUGACAAUUAGUUUCAGAAACAUUUCUGGAAAACAAAAAUAAACAUUGAAUAAAACAGUUAAAAUACUAUUUUCUCAUAUUUUACUUUCUAAAUGAAUCCUCAAACUUUCUUUACUUGUUUUUAUGAGCCAUUUAAAAAUUAAAAAUAAUAUUGAAAAGGUUUUAACAAAUUUAUAUUCAUUUCUACAUUGAGAAUUUACUGUUAAAAUUACCCACAUCAUCAUCACUUUUUUGGGGGGUGGAGUGGGAGAUUGGACCAUAUUCAUGGUGCUCAGGGUCUAGUUCUGGCUCUGUGCUCAGAAGUAACCCUUGGCAGUGCUUGGGAAUCCAUAUGAGGUGCCAAAGAUUUGAACUGGUGUCAGCUGCAUGCAAGUCCUUACCCCCUGUAUUAUCUCUCUGUUCCCAAGAUUGACUCAUUUAGAUAUUAUUUUAUUAGAAAUAAUGCUUCAAUCACUUUUUAAGAGUGUCUAGUAAAUAGAGUAGAAUUUCUUAAAAUUUCAAAUAAUUCUGUGUAAUCACCUUAUUUUAAGAAAGCUAUCAAAUUCUCUGUGUGUGAAGUAAUAUAGUUUUAUUUAGAGAAAUAUGAAGAGAUUUUGUGUGUGAGCUAUGUGUUCAGGAGAUAGAUAACACAGACUUCUCCAGAGGUAUGAAAGCGGAGAGCCAUCCAGUUGACAAUGUGGAAGAUUACUUUAGCACAUGCUAUUACACAGUGAUGCUCAAAGUCCACUUUAAAGUGUAAAUAUGUUUUUCAAGUGGUGGGUAACUUUGAAAAGUUUGUGUGUUGUAUUAUCUGAAUUUGCCCUGUCCUCUCUCCUUUCAUUUGCAUGGUUGUCAAGAUGGUUAUGCUCUCUCUUUUUUUUUAAUUAAAAAAAAAAUUCCUGGGUUACUUCAUAGUUAAAAAUAUAUUCAUAGUGAAAUAUACAUGAAGAUAUACAUAUGAGUAGAGAUAUCAAUAUCUAAUAUUGUACAUAAUUAGAUGUCUCAUACACCCAGUAAACUUGUAUUCAAAACAUGGAAAUACAUGUACUGAAUAUAUAGUUACAUGAAGUAUAGUCAUGUAUACUCUGUAUAGAGAUAGACUUGCAUGUGUACAUAUGUAUAAUAACAUGAAAAUUUUUAGAAUUCCUUUUUGUCACCCUUCAUUUCCUUUUGUUGUUGUGUUGUUAUCACUGGCAUUCACACACUUGGUUGUGGUGAGCUGGAUUUUACACCAUUGUAGCACCAGAGAUCCAAAUAGCAGAGCUGCUGGAAUUGUACUUGAUCAUGUGAAAUGGUGCUUACAAGGUAGUUGCUAUAGCACUGAGUCAUCCCUGGCCACUUAGAAAUGAUUUUUUACUACAUUUAUUUAACCUACACUGUAAAAUAAUACUUUAUAAGGAUAUAAGGCCUUUUCCUCAUAACAAGUAUAAGUUAAUGCUAAUAAUUUGAGAGUAGUACAGAUUUCAACAUUUGGACUAGGCAAUAAAUAAAUAAGUUUUAAAUAAAUAUUGGGGGUGGGCAUAGAAAUAGUUUAGAGAGCAGAGCACUUGCCUUGUAUCCUGCUGACUGAUUUUUGAAUCUCCAUAGCCGGGCAUUUCCAGAUGUGGUCCAAAACCCUCCUGCCCCCCACAAAAAAUGCAGAAAUAAGUCAGAAUCUUUGUAUUAUGUUUUUUAAGUACUUCUUAUGAUAUAUCAGUGGUGUCUUGCAUCUCACCUGGGAGACAGGUGGAAAAUCCUUUCUGUUUCUCCGAGGAGGAAAGUUGAAUAACCCAGGUAAUAUCAGGCCUGACCUGAGUCAGCUGCUGUCUCACCCUGUUCCUCAAGGAAUGUUGCCUUCAAAACAGAAGAUGGGUUUCAGUUCAAGAACUAGGCUGACCCAGAGCCAAAGCAAUGGCUUCAUUCAAGUAAAGAGCAUUUUCUUUUGGUCUUUAGAAGGGAUUUCAUUAAUGGAUAAAGAAACUUGUAUGUUAAACAAAAAGCAAAGUAACAACUUCAGGAUCUAUAAACUUAAAAAAUACCUGAAAUAUAAUGUUAGAUAUAAGAAAGAGGUUUCAAUCUUGAUGUGAAACUUCUCAGGAAGAAAUAAAA